CCUGAUGGACACAUGAUGACCUGUGUUUCCACGACAGUCCUCCAGCUAGCCUGACGUCAUAGCCAUGCGCUACUCCACAUUGUUGACCAUCCUAGCGGCGGUGCUGCUGUAUUUGGUGCUGGGGGCUCUGGUGUUCGGCUGGCUCGAGUCUUCCAGGGAGGAAUGGGCUCAUCGGGAGCUGCUCACCUCUCAGAUGGCUUUCCUGCAGAACCACAGCUGCGUCACCGCUUACAGUCUGAGGGAGUUCACAGAGAAAGUGGUUGAUGCCAUUGAAGCAGGUGUGGAUGCCAGAAGCACAUCAAAUUACACCAGCAGAUGGGAUCCAUCCAAUGCUUUCUUCUUCUGUGGCACCAUCAUCACCACCAUCGGUUUUGGAAACAUCUCACCCAAGACCAAAGGUGGUCAGUUGUUCUGUAUAUUUUACGCUCUGGUGGGGAUCCCCAUGUUUGGGAUACUGUUAGCCGGGGUUGGAGAUCACCUGGGCACCCUGCUGCGGAGAGCCGUGGCGAAGGUGGAGACUUUGUUCUUGCGCAAGGGUGUGAAGCCCACCAGUGUCCGCAUAAUCUCGGCUGUGUUCUCCAUCCUGAUUGGCUGCUUGGUCUUCAUCGCUGUGCCGACCAUGGUGUUUCAGGAAGUGGAGAGCUGGAGCCUGCUGGAAGCGGUGUAUUUUGUUGUGAUCACACUCACCACGGUGGGCUUUGGGGACUAUGUGGCAGAGAACAGAAGAGAUGGAACGCCCCUGUACAAGCCAUUGGUGUGGUUGUGGAUAGUGUUUGGUCUGGCGUAUUUUGCAUCCAUCCUCACGAUGAUUGGGAACUGGCUUAGAGUCCUUUCAAAGAAGACACGUGCAGAGAUGGAGGAGCUGAGAGCUCACGCCACAGACUGGACUCAGAACAUCCAGAACAUGUCCAUGGACUUCCGUAUUCCCGUCCCACUGGAUCUCAAUGACCCCUUUCAGCUCCAGCGGAGACGCAGAAGGAAGCGCCACCACCAUCAUCAUCAUCAUCAUCGCCGCCCAAGACCAAACACAACAGGACUGACUCAUGGGAUCUCUCUUGAUGCCGAUAUUAUUCGAGAGAACGGACAUCUGAUCCUUGGCUGGCCAACAUGCAGAUACAUUCCAGCUUCAGAAGUACUGUCCCAAUCCAGGUCAAUGAGCAGGAUUGAUGCCGCCAAUUAUGAGAUGAGACCAGGAUCACGGCUGACUGUAGGACCAACAUCAAGAUCCAUCCCACAGCUAGAGCUAAAACCAGCAUCCAGAACCGGAUCCAGAGCCAUUUCCAGAUCCCCCUCACAAUCCGAAUCGGGGUCAUUUUCUGCAUCCGAGACACCGUCCGAGUCCUGGUCGGAAUAUGAGUAUGAGUCAAACUCCUGUAACUCAGAAGACCUGGAAUCUGGAGCGAAGGCAUCUCGGAGAUCACUGGAAAGUCAGAAUGAUGUUCCGAUAGUGGUGGUUGCAAGCUGCAGUCCACCCCGUCCGUCCCUUCUGGACUUUUUUGGCGAGAACCUGGCCUACAUCGAUGAGUCUUCAGAUGCUCUUAGUGAUCGGGUCAAACCGUCAGGACAGAACCGUCAACGCAGACCAAAGAGGAGAAGUAUGACAAGACGGCAGCCUGCUGGAUUACAGAGGGAGGUCAGUAAUGAACUACAACCCCCAUCACACCCUCCGACUCCGCCACCUCCAACAUCUUAGCUUUCAAAAUCACUGUCAAACACUGUCACCCAAAAUGACUUGCAGACUGUGCAAAUAGAGUAAUGAACUGUAGCUUUUAGAAUAGCAUACUCCAUUUUUUUUUAUUAUAUAUACGAUAAAUCAGAUCCUCCACGAUUGCUGUAUUUAACGCAAAUUGUCGAAGAUUUCCCACUUUUUUUGGUUCAGUCAGGUUCAAAUUCCUGCACCGUCACAGAGCGCCAUCUGCACAGUUUUACAUUCAAAAACAUCAUAGCAUCAUUUACAUCAAUGUGUUCAAAUAGCUGUCAAACAAUACGGUUAGCAUUAAGCAUUUAAAGACUUAGCAUUUCUUUUCAGACAACUGGUUUCAUUUUCAAAUAUGAUACAGCUGGCUUUAAGGGUAAAAGGUUUUUGUUUGUGAAAUCCUGGAGGAACUGAUGUAUGUUUUUUUUUUUUUUAUGUUUACGUCUCAUGCUCAACAAGGUUGAAUUUUUUUUAUCAAAAAUUUGACCCUGGACCACAAAAUCAGGGAUAAAACUACAUUUUUUUGGAAAUGGAGGUUUAUACAUCGUCUGAGAAGCUGAAUAAAUAAAUAAAGUUUUAUAUUGAUGUACGGUUUGU